AUGUCGUCAUCGUUCUUUCUCCGUUUCGCACUUCUUUUUGCUAUCGCCAUUAACACUUUCGCUGCACCUGUAGCACGACAACGUCGUCAAUUUAAUGGCUUUAUGAACAAUCUAAAUUUCGGUCGACAAGGUGCAGGAGCAUUUGAUAGAGCUUGGGAGGCUGCUAACACAGGAAAGGCUAACACAGGCUUUAGUAUCGAUCGUAUUCCUCCUCGAAAUCUGGAUAAUUUUCAUAUUGGCGGUCAAGCGAGUGGGGGCAUACCUUUAAUUUACAACGGGCCUAAAAGUCCGUCGCUUGGUCUUGGUGGAGCAAUAUCGGGUGCUACCGGUGUUAAUGGAGGCAUGGGAUACCGACAAGGACCUGACUUUGGACUUGGCGUGGGAUUCAAAUAUCCUCUUAGUUCAAAUGGCGCAUAUUUGGGCUUAGGUGGCGGUACUUCAUUCGGAUCGAGCUAUUCAAAGCCUAACUGGGGAGUUGGUGCCGGGAUCAAUAUUCCAUUUCGUCGCAAGAAAUAG